AUGACCAAUGAAAAAUCAGUCAGUUCCUCUUUGGAGCAUCUGCCGGUGCACCUGAGACACAUUUACAGCAGCAAUUCGUCUGCCGAAGGCCGUCUGCGAGCAUGGCUUCAGAUGGAGAAGAACUGGGACAAUGAAUGGCAGGAAGGCGACUGGGGUCUCUCCAUUCUACCGUUCGUGGAGUUGGAAUCCGCGUUCCCUGACGAGCCCCAACCUUACAUCGUCUUCACCUUCGCGGUUCAGAUGGCCCAUUGCAACCGUAUCGGAACACUCCAUGGCGGUUGCAUAGCCACGCUGUUCGACUUGCUCACGUCCAUGGUUCUCCUUACGGUCAACGAGAAACCUGGUCAUUGGCAACGUCUCGGUGUUACUCGCGCUCUCAACUGCAACUACCUGCGGCCCGCUAAAGCCGGCGACCAGUGUAGAGUCGAGUGUGCAAUCGUUCACGUUGGGCGAAACCUGUCUUUACUCAAGGGAACGCUGCGAAGAGUCCAAGACAACCUGGUUCUGGCUACGUGCGAGCAUCACAAGGUCAAUACGGACACAAUUGCCGGCAAGUUGUAA